AUGGGACCGGCGUCACUCUCAUCCUGUCCUUUCCCGUCCCUGACAUCGGCGCCCCUUGGGUUUGGAUCCUGUCGCACGCCUGGGUUCCGUCGUCUUUGGUCUGAUACUUUUCCUCCUACGCCUGGCAUGUCUGGUGGGGCCAAGGUCCCUUCCUGCUGGCCUUUCCCCGCUGCAUGUCCGGCCUGUGUCCCCCCCGUUCCUCUCCUCCCGUCGUUUGCUUCUCUGCUUGCGUCCUUGCUUGUGGCCUGGCCGCUUCGGGCUCUGGUCCUCGCCACUUGCGUCCCGCCGUCACCUGGCACUCCCUCCGUUAUAUGCUUUCCAUCCUCCUGUGCACCCUGUGUGCCUGCCCCCCCUCCCGGCUCUCUCAUUCCCCGUCUAUCGCCCGACGUCCCGCCCCUUCGCAUUCCUUCCCCGGCUUUUGUGCCUUACCCUUUGUCCACCCUCGCGGUGGUCCCAGUCUUUUCUUCCUUUUACUGCUGCUGGUCCCAGCUAUUGUCACUCUCUUUGAUGCGCCGCCCAGCUGCGGCCCUCGCCAUGUUUCCCCCCUUAUCCCCGUGCCCGGUGCGCCCCCCCUCGCCCGGCCCCUCCCGCUCUUCCGCCGUGCUCGCGGUGGUGCAUCUGAAUCCCCUUUUAGGGAGUUUUGUUCCCCCCCCGGAUAUGCCCCCACUACUGCUCCCUCCUCCCCUCCGCCACGGUUGCUGCCCGUAA